UAAGUUGCCAUUCUCAACCCAACAAUAGAAAAAAAAAAUAAAAAAUGGCGACUCUCUCCGCAGGCAGCAUGAUGAGCAGCUCAUUUCUGUCCCGGAAGCCGGCGGCGGCGGCGGGCGGCAGCCUGAGGGCCAUCUCGAACUUCCGGCCGGAGCAGUUGGGGCUGAAGUCCGGCAACAUGGGGCGGAUGACCUGCAUGGCGACCUACAAGGUGAAACUGGUGACGCCGGGAGGGGAGUUCGAGUUCCAGUGCCCGGACGACGUUUACGUUCUGGACCAGGCGGAGGAAGAGGGGUACGACCUCCCGUACUCGUGCCGGGCGGGGUCCUGCUCUUCCUGCUGCGGCAAGGUGGUCUCCGGCACCGUCGACCAGUCCGACAACAGCUUCCUCGACGACGAGCAGAUGAACUGUGGGUACGUCCUCACCUGCGUCGCUUAUCCGACGUCUGACGUUGUCAUUGAGACCCACAAGGAAGAAGAGAUUGUCUAAUCUGAUAAGUUAUUGUUAUUAUUGUUUAACUAUUCUGUAAUUUUCCUGAAUGUGUUUUUGUGUGGCCUCAACAAUGGAGUUUUAGUUCUUCCAUGCAUGCACCCAUAUGUGUACUUUGUUUAAUUUGCUCCAUAUUUACAAUUUAAUAUGAAAAUGUUGUUUAGUUUUGCCCUCUA